AGCAGGGGGUGGCCCCUGAGGUCCCUCCAGCUGGGGGCCCUUGAGAGGGAGGGUGGGGAGAAGGGAAAAGAACGUCAGGAGAGUUGAACGGGAGCAAAUAAAACGCUGUCCAUUCUGACUGGAAGGGCCAGAGCCGUGUCUAAGGGCGGGGGCCGGGAGGUGGCCCGCGGUGGUGUCUCUACCAGGACGAGGCCUGGGGUAUCUGAAGAGGGGAUGACGUCUAGGCGCUUUGCUAAAGGGAAGCCAGAAGGGUAUGAGUUGCUAGGGUCAGAGAUGGGGCUUUCGGCUCGAGUCUUUCCCUGCAGGGCAGAGUCCGAAGAGCCCGAGAAGGCAGGGAGGACAGUGGGCCUGGUCCUUCCUCGGCCGGCAGAGGGAGUCCCGAGAUGGAACGUCCAGCUCUCCUCUAACGAAAAGCGUUUGCAUGGCUGUCUCGCCAAUUCUGUACCUCCCGGGGCUGAGGAAGAGCCGAGGUGACUAGAAGCUAGCGACAAGUGCCGGCCACCUCGGGCGCCAGGCGCCGGGCUUAGAGCCCAACGGGCCGAAUUCUCGCGAGAGCGGCCGCCGCCAUUUUUCCAUUGAUUGCAGCGGGCUGGGGGAGGGGCCGACGACGAAGGCGGCUGUGGUAGCGGCGGCGGCGGCGGCGGCGGAGCCCUGGGUCGGUGUCUGCGCGCUGGUGUCUGAGGCCCAGGCUGAGGCCUCCGCUAUUGCUGGAGCGCAGGCGGCGGAGAGGAUGACUGCCGCUGCCAUUCUCUCUUGAGCUAGCGAGCCGCCGCCACCCUCCACCCUCCCCCGGCAGGGCGGAGAGGAGCGGCCGGAGUCAGCGAUGGUGCCCGGCGAGGAGAACCAACUGGUCCCGAAAGAGAUAGAAAAUGCUGCUGAAGAACCUAGAGUCUUAUGUAUUAUACAAGAUACUACUAAUUCAAAGACAGUGAAUGAACGGAUCACUUUAAAUUUACCAGCAUCUACUCCAGUCAGAAAGCUCUUUGAAGAUGUGGCCAACAAAGUAGGCUACAUAAAUGGAACCUUUGACUUGGUGUGGGGAAAUGGAAUCAAUACUGCUGAUAUGGCACCACUGGAUCAUACCAGCGACAAGUCACUUCUCGACGCUAAUUUUGAGCCAGGAAAGAAGAACUUUCUGCAUUUGACAGAUAAAGAUGGUGAACAACCUCAAAUACUGCUGGAGGAUUCCAGUGCUGGGGAAGACAGUGUUCAUGACAGGUUUAUAGGUCCGCUUCCAAGAGAAGGUUCUGUGGGUUCUACCAGUGAUUAUGUCAGCCAAAGCUACUCCUACUCAUCUAUUUUGAAUAAAUCAGAAACUGGAUAUGUGGGACUAGUAAACCAAGCAAUGACUUGCUAUUUGAAUAGCCUUUUGCAAACACUUUUUAUGACUCCUGAAUUUAGGAAUGCAUUAUAUAAGUGGGAAUUUGAAGAAUCUGAAGAAGAUCCAGUGACAAGUAUUCCAUACCAACUUCAAAGGCUUUUUGUUUUGUUACAAACCAGCAAAAAGAGAGCAAUUGAAACCACAGAUGUUACAAGGAGCUUUGGAUGGGAUAGUAGUGAGGCUUGGCAGCAGCAUGAUGUACAAGAGCUAUGCAGAGUCAUGUUUGAUGCUUUGGAACAGAAAUGGAAGCAAACAGAACAGGCUGAUCUUAUAAAUGAGCUAUAUCAAGGCAAGCUGAAGGACUACGUGAGAUGUCUGGAAUGUGGUUAUGAGGGCUGGCGAAUCGACACAUAUCUUGAUAUUCCGUUGGUCAUCCGACCUUAUGGGUCCAGCCAAGCAUUUGCUAGUGUGGAAGAAGCAUUGCAUGCAUUUAUUCAGCCAGAGAUUCUGGAUGGCCCAAAUCAGUAUUUUUGUGAACGUUGUAAGAAGAAGUGUGAUGCACGGAAGGGCCUUCGGUUUUUGCAUUUUCCUUAUCUGCUGACCUUACAGCUGAAAAGAUUCGAUUUUGAUUAUACAACCAUGCAUAGGAUUAAACUGAAUGAUCGAAUGACAUUUCCCGAGGAACUAGAUAUGAGUACCUUUAUUGAUGUUGAAGAUGAGAAAUCUCCUCAGACUGAAAGUUGCACUGACAGUGGAGCAGAAAAUGAAGGUAGUUGUCACAGUGAUCAGAUGAGCAACGAUUUCUCCAAUGAUGAUGGUGUUGAUGAAGGAAUCUGUCUUGAAACCAAUAGUGGAACUGAAAAGAUCUCAAAAUCUGGACUUGAAAAGAAUUCCUUGAUCUAUGAACUUUUCUCUGUUAUGGUUCAUUCUGGGAGCGCUGCUGGUGGUCAUUAUUAUGCAUGUAUAAAGUCAUUCAGUGAUGAGCAGUGGUACAGCUUCAAUGAUCAACAUGUCAGCAGGAUAACACAAGAGGACAUUAAGAAAACACAUGGUGGAUCUUCAGGAAGCAGAGGAUAUUAUUCCAGUGCUUUCGCAAGUUCCACAAAUGCAUAUAUGCUGAUCUAUAGACUGAAGGAUCCAGCCAGAAAUGCAAAAUUUCUAGAAGUGGAUGAAUACCCAGAACAUAUUAAAAACUUGGUGCAGAAAGAGAGAGAGUUGGAAGAACAAGAAAAGAGACAACGAGAAAUUGAGCGCAAUACAUGCAAGAUAAAAUUAUUCUGUUUGCAUCCUACAAAACAAGUAAUGAUGGAAAAUAAAUUGGAGGUUCAUAAGGAUAAGACAUUAAAGGAAGCAGUAGAAAUGGCUUAUAAGAUGAUGGAUUUAGAAGAGGUAAUACCCCUGGAUUGCUGUCGCCUUGUUAAAUAUGAUGAGUUUCAUGAUUAUCUAGAACGGUCAUAUGAAGGAGAAGAAGAUACACCAAUGGGGCUUCUACUAGGUGGCGUCAAGUCAACAUAUAUGUUUGAUCUGCUGUUGGAGACGAGAAAGCCUGAUCAGGUUUUCCAAUCUUAUAAACCUGGAGAAGUGAUGGUGAAAGUUCAUGUUGUUGAUCUAAAGGCAGAAUCUGUAGCUGCUCCUAUAACUGUUCGUGCUUACUUAAAUCAGACAGUUACAGAAUUCAAACAACUGAUUUCAAAGGCCAUCCAUUUACCUGCUGAAACAAUGAGAAUAGUGCUGGAACGCUGCUACAAUGAUUUGCGUCUUCUCAGUGUCUCCAGUAAAACUCUGAAAGCUGAAGGAUUUUUUAGAAGUAACAAGGUGUUUGUUGAAAGCUCCGAGACUUUGGAUUACCAGAUGGCCUUUGCAGACUCUCAUUUAUGGAAACUCCUGGAUCGGCAUGCAAAUACAAUCAGAUUAUUUGUUUUGCUACCUGAGCAAUCCCCAGGAUCUUAUUCCAAAAGGACAGCAUACCAGAAAGCUGGAGGCGAUUCUGGUAAUGUGGAUGAUGAUUGUGAAAGAGUCAAAGGACCUGUAGGAAGCCUAAAGUCUGUGGAAGCUAUUCUAGAAGAAAGCACUGAAAAACUCAAAAGCUUGUCACUGCAGCAACAGCAGGAUGGAGAUAAUGGGGACAGCAGCAAAAGUACUGAGACAAGUGACUUUGAAAACAUCGAAUCACCUCUCAAUGAGAGGGACUCUUCAGCAUCAGUGGAUAAUAGAGAACUUGAACAGCAUAUUCAGACUUCUGAUCCAGAAAAUUUUCAGUCUGAAGAACGAUCAGACUCAGAUGUGAAUAAUGACAGGAGUACAAGUUCAGUGGACAGUGAUAUUCUUAGCUCCAGUCAUAGCAGUGAUACUUUGUGCAAUGCAGACAAUGCUCAGAUCCCUUUGGCUAAUGGACUUGACUCUCACAGUAUCACAAGUAGUAGAAGAACGAAAGCAAAUGAAGGGAAAAAAGAAACAUGGGAUACAGCAGAAGAAGACUCUGGAACUGAUAGUGAAUAUGAUGAGAGUGGCAAGAGUAGGGGAGAAAUGCAGUACAUGUAUUUCAAAGCUGAACCUUAUGCUGCAGAUGAAGGUUCUGGGGAAGGACAUAAAUGGUUGAUGGUGCAUGUUGAUAAAAGAAUUACUCUGGCAGCUUUCAAACAACAUUUAGAGCCCUUUGUUGGAGUUUUGUCCUCUCACUUCAAGGUCUUUCGAGUGUAUGCCAGCAAUCAAGAGUUUGAGAGCGUCCGGCUGAAUGAGACACUUUCAUCAUUUUCUGAUGACAAUAAGAUUACAAUUAGACUGGGGAGAGCACUUAAAAAAGGAGAAUACAGAGUUAAAGUAUACCAGCUUUUGGUCAAUGAACAAGAGCCAUGCAAGUUUCUGCUAGAUGCUGUGUUUGCUAAAGGAAUGACUGUACGGCAAUCAAAAGAGGAAUUAAUUCCUCAGCUCAGGGAGCAAUGUGGUUUAGAGCUCAGUAUUGACAGGUUUCGUCUAAGGAAAAAAACAUGGAAGAAUCCUGGCACUGUCUUUUUGGAUUAUCAUAUUUAUGAAGAAGAUAUUAAUAUUUCCAGCAACUGGGAGGUUUUCCUUGAAGUUCUUGAUGGGGUAGAGAAGAUGAAGUCCAUGUCACAGCUUGCAGUUUUGUCAAGACGGUGGAAGCCUUCAGAGAUGAAGUUGGAUCCCUUCCAGGAGGUUGUAUUGGAAAGCAGUAGUGUGGACGAAUUGCGAGAGAAGCUUAGUGAAAUCAGUGGGAUUCCUUUGGAUGAUAUUGAAUUUGCUAAGGGUAGAGGAACAUUUCCCUGUGAUAUUUCUGUCCUUGAUAUUCAUCAAGAUUUAGACUGGAAUCCCAAAGUUUCUACCCUGAAUGUCUGGCCUCUUUAUAUCUGUGAUGAUGGUGCAGUCAUAUUUUAUAGGGAUAAAACAGAAGAAUUAAUGGAAUUGACAGAUGAGCAAAGAAAUGAACUGAUGAAAAAAGAAAGCAGUCGACUCCAGAAGACUGGACAUCGUGUAACAUACUCACCUCGUAAAGAGAAAGCACUAAAAAUAUAUCUGGAUGGAGCACCAAAUAAAGAUCUGACUCAAGACUGACUCUGAUAGUGUAGCAUUUUCCCUGGGGGAGUUUUGGUUUUAAUUAGAUGGUUCACUACCACUGGGUAGUGCCAUUUUGGCCGGACAUGGUUGGGGUAACCCAGUGACACCAGCACUGAUUGGACUGCCCUACACCAAUCAGAAGCUCAGUGCCCAAUGGGCCACUGUUUUGACUCGGAAUCAUGUUGUGCACUAUAGUCAAAUGUACUGUAAAGUGAAAAGGGAUGUGCAAAAAAAUAAAAAAAAAAAACAAAAAAAGCUAACCUUCUAUUAGAAAAGGGGACAGGGGAAUGAGUAAACUUCUUUUAUUGCGGACAAAUGUGCACAUAGCCGCUAGUAAAACUAGCCUCAAACAGGAUGCUCAUAGCUUAAUAAUAAAAGCUGUGCAAAGGCCAUGAA